GCCUGCAGGAGGAGCCCUUGGCCUCCCCAGUUUUCCUGAGAAAGCCACAGGAUUGAGGAGUGGGUGAGCUGCUGGAGAGAUCUGAGCCAGCUAGCUAGGCCUCCCCCACUGGCGCCUCUGUCCAGCCCAAGUCCCGCCCGGCCGCACCCCUGACUCACUUCCUUUGCAUCUAAACGGAAACCUCCCCAGAGCUUCCUCUGCUCCCUACGGCCCCUGGGCCCACAGGUGUCGCUGCCCUCUUCAGGCCUGAGCUGGCGCAGGAGGCCCCUGACCCACCCACCUCACCCCGGAGGCCAGCAUUUCCUGCUUCCUGAGUCACAGACCAGCUGGUCUGCGGAGGGGGUGGCGGAGCUGGGGGAGCCUGACGCAGCUGCAGGGAGGGACCUGCAUGCUGAGCGCCGCUCCGGCGCGAUGGACCGCGGCCAGCCCAGCCUGGAGCCCUCGGCCGCGGCCCCCCGUGCCUCGGCCCAGUGCGUGGUCGCGCCCGUGCGCGCCGUGCUCCGCCUGCGCCGCCGCGUGUGCGUCCUGCGCAAGCGGCGCCUCCUGCAGCCUAGCGCGGACCCAGACGCGGGUCCCCGGGCCCCUAGGCCGGGCUGUUACUCCGGGACUCCCGGCGCAGACCUAGACCAGCCCAAGUUCUUCACCUUCGACGGCCCAGCGGAGCUGUCGUCCAGGAUCCCGCGCAAGAGACGCAGGCGCAGUCGCGUGGUGCUCUACCCCGAGACCUCGCGCAAGUACCGACCUCGCGCCGAGCGCCAGAGCCGUGCGCAGCGCUGCCUGCUGCUGCUAGUAGCCAUCGUGGGCUUCCAAGUGCUCAACGCCAUCGAGAACCUGGACGAUAAUGCGCAGCGCUACGACCUCGACGGGCUGGAGAAGGCACUGCAGCGAGCCGUGUUUGGCCAGCCGGCCGCCGUGGGGCGCAUCAUGGCACUGCUGAGGGACUACCUGGCCACGCACGUGCACAGUCGCCCGCUCCUCCUGGCUCUGCACGGACCCAGUGGCGUGGGCAAGAGCCACGUGGGCCGCCUACUGGCACGCCAUUUCCGCUCGGUGCUCGAAGACGGUGGGCUGGUGCUGCAGUACCACGCACGGCACCACUGCCCGGAGCCGCGAGCCGCGCAGGACUGCCGUGAGGAGCUGGCACGGCGCGUGGCGGAUGUGGUGGCACAGGCCGAGGCCGAGGAGAAGACCCCUCUCAUAGUACUGGAUGAGGCAGAGCUUUUGCCGCCGGCGCUGCUGGAUGAGCUGCACGGCUUCAUGCAGCCGCAGCGCUCGCACCAUUUCCACAAUGCCAUCUACGUGCUCCUCAGUGGCGCAGGUGGUGCGGAGAUCACGCGCUUUGUGCUGCAGAACGCAUCUCGCGCGCUGCCCCUGCACCCCAGCGGCCCCCGUGGUGUCCAGGCCGCGGUGGCGCAAGCGGAAGAGGAGCUGCGCGCCAGUCUUAGGGCCCUCUUGGCCCAAGAGCACCCGCUGUGGCAGGGCGCGGCCAUCGUACCCUUUCUGCUGCUGGACAAGCGAGAUGUGGUCAGCUGCUUCCGGGACGAGAUGGCCGGAGAGGGCUUUUUUCCUGAGCAGUCCCAGGCAGAGCGUCUGGCUGAGCGGCUCCGCUACUACCGAAUUGCCGGCCGCGAGUUCGCUGUCACUGGCUGCAAGGAGGUGGUAGCUACUGUGAACCUCUUAUAGCAGAGGCCAGGGAUUGAGUUGGUGGUGGAAGCAGGAAGGAGGUCAUGGGGCUGGUUCAUCCUGGGAAUAGGGUGGCUAAGCUCUGAGCUCUCCAUUUCCUGUUCCACCCCAGAGCCCUGAGGCUUUCUGUGGUCAUCAGGAAAGCAGCCACUUUCCUGUCCUUAAUGUAGACACAACACCCACUGUGCCUAGUGCAUCCUAGGCUGCAUGUGUGAUGGGUUCUUGAGCAGCCCUCAAGGGUCACAUAGCUGCUCUCUAGGUCACUGUGCUGGGAUAUGAGUCUGUGCAGCCUCCCUCAUACACUAGUUGCCCCCUACAAACCUCAGCCCAGGGGCCCAAGGUCCCAGAUGCUCUUUCAGGGGGAUCCAGGGCUCCCAGGAACGCAGUGGGAUGGGUGGGUGUCUCCAAGCCAAGGAGUGAUUCUACUGGUUAGUAGAUGGUUAGUAGAAUCAUUCUGGAGGGGGAUUUGGUUGAGAGUAGUAGAAGGUGUGCUACAAGUGGAGCCCUAACUUCUUGGGUCCCCUUGCCCUGGCCACCAGUCUGCCACAGAGCCCUGGACUAGGGAGACAAGCCGUGCAGAGCUGCCUUGGAGCCUGCUGCAAAGGUGGAGAGUCCCGACCCUGAAAUCCUUCCCAGAGCUGGGGGGGUCUCACCCCUGCCACCCUGGCCCCUUCCUGGCCUUGGGUUCUGGAGAUGAAGCCUGGUGGAGUCCAGUCAGCAACAGCAUCUGGACAGUAAACAGAGUUCUGCCAUUUGCUCUUUCCAGAAGCAUCACAAGCACCACCACACUUGCAUAGUGGCUGUCAGGGAGCAGUCGGGGAGGUACUUUGUGCAGAUCUCUGCAGGGCAGGCUCUUGACCGGGUUCGAGAGAUGAAAGCUGGAUAAGGGAGGGAAGGAGCCAGGCCCCUGCGCCAGACUGUGUAGGUGGCUUCUUGGCCCUCUGGCCCCACGGAUGCUCACCAUAGCUUUUGGUGCCCCCAAGAAUUCUGAGCCCCUCCCACAAGUGGGCUCUCUGUGAUGGAUGCUUUAGAGGAAGGCACUGAGGGCCCGGGCAGCCUUAGUGCUGCCACCUUGUGGCCUUGUUCAACUCUGCAUCGGAGUCCCCUAGGCAGGCAUCCUAGCACAGGAAUGGCCGUGCUGUGGUAACAACAAAAUCCUAAAACUGGGACUCAACAGAGGGACAAUUCCUGAGGUUGGUGGGGAGGAGGGCCUCCAAGAGGAUGGUGGUAUCUUAACAGUCUUGACUCCUCCCGUCUCCUGGGGAGCUCUACCUGGCCCAGAGCCAGUGUUCCUAGAGGGGCUUGCCUGCUGGAUCCCUGAGCAGGUCCUGUAUAUCUUCCUAGGGUCUCAAGAUCAUUGUCCCCCAUCCAACUCACCUUGACUGUGGAAUGAAAACCUGGGAGGCCACCCACCCAAAUCUGUCUGAUGCAGGGAGAGUGUUGGAGGACUCAGAAGCUCU